ACGGAAUUUGGUUUUCAGCUGAGUAAUGUUCAAGAGGAGUUAGCCAGAUUACAUGAAGAGAAUCAGAAGCUGAGAAGCAUGCUAGAUCAGAUCACCAAAAACUACAGCGAUCUACAUGGUCAAUUUCUUGCAAUGCAAAGACAGGCACAGCAGAAAGAUGCAAAUGGGAAGUCAAGUCCUAUAGGAUCGGCCCACCAGUUGAUGGGACCACGAGCAUCUGCUCCAUUGGAUGUCAAUGAACCUUCAGCAUCCGAGGAUAAGACCACGCAAGAAUUGUCAAUUUCUCCGGCAAACACUAUGGAAGUUAUGUCAAGAGAACAUGACUUUCAAAGAAUUCAGAUGUCAGGGAAACAAGUUCCCAUCGAAGACGGUACUACCGAUCAAACUUCCCAGAAUCUGGGGUCCGCAAAUAGCCCUACCAAUUUAGAUCAUGGUCGAAAAGAUGAUGAACAAGCUCCGGAGGUACCUUUCAGGAAAGCCAGGGUGUCUGUUAGAGCUAGAUCGGAAGCUCCGCUGAUCAGUGAUGGAUGUCAAUGGAGAAAAUAUGGUCAAAAGAUGGCCAAGGGUAAUCCUUGUCCACGUGCCUACUAUCGCUGCACCAUGGCUGUUGGAUGCCCAGUUCGGAAACAGGUGCAAAGAUGUGCUGAGGAUAAAACAAUUCUCAUCACAACAUACGAAGGAAAUCAUAAUCACCCUCUUCCUCCAGCAGCCACAGCAAUGGCAAACACUACGUCGGCUGCAGCGGCCAUGCUGCUGUCAGGUUCAACUACCAGCAAGGAAAGUGGCCUAGUAAAUUCUGGUUACUUCCCUCCAUUGCCCUAUGCAUCAACAAUGGCAACCCUAUCUGCCUCUGCUCCAUUUCCCACCAUAACCCUAGACCUAACCCAGGGCCCAAACUCUAUCCCUUUUUUACGUCCUGCACCUCCGCCGGCGACAUUUCCGUUGUCUCUCCAUGGUUAUCCUCAUCUCUUAGGGCAACCGGUGUUUGUUCCUCCCAAGUUGCCUAACGGUUUGCCAACAGCGCAGUUAGGGCAACGACAUGCAUCCAUGGUUGAAACAGUUACCGCAGCUAUUGCUUCUGAUCCAAACUUCACUACAGCCUUAGCAGCAGCCAUUUCCACAAUUAUAGGAGCACCAAGGAGUGGCGAUGGGAAUAUUAACAACAAUGGUGGAAACAACAAUGCUGCUCCAGUGCUUGGUGUGCCUGGAUCCCCUCAACUUCCUCAGUCUUGCACCACUCUCUCCACUAACUAAAGUUUUGGGAUCAUUUUUCUCGUUUGCUAGCUUCAGGCAGUAGUUGUGUUGUUUUGAGAGAUGGAUAACCCGUAUGUGUUUAACUAACGGGUGCCUUAGAGGCCUGAGCUAUAGAUAUCAAUCCAAUAUGAUCAUCAGUUUAUGAAAUGGAGAUAAACAGAUUUGAUCUAGGAUGAAUCUUACGAGCACAUAUACGCUGCUGCAAAUUUAAUUAGGUAAUAAGUACCACUGAAUUUUUUAGAGUUUUGAUGCAGACAUUACCUUUUGUUGUCUACGUACACAGUAUUAUUGUAUGUGUACUGCAGCUGGUACACACACUGUAAUAAGCAGUUUGAAAACUUAGAGCAUGGUUUAAGAGUGCUAUUAUGUGCCAAAGUAAGAAAGCUUUGCGUUGUUACAAAAACUAAGUUUUAUGAAGAUCAGGUGCACUUGUAUAGUGAAAAUGGAAAUAUUCACUUUAUUUUCAAGAUGAAACAUUAAAAAAAAAGAAAAAAACAAAAAAAGAAAAAACACAGAACAUGUCUUAACUCCCUUUUGCUCCGAACUACAUUUUCAUGGGUAUCUGCUAAAAUUAUCUACAUUCACCCAAAAGAGCUCCGUUUGUUUGGAUUUCAAAAUCUGCAGACUUUAAACAAAUGAGAUUUGCAAGACGCCAUGGCUGGCAGCGACCCCUCCACCCUUUGCAGUUUGUGGGGAUGGGAGUGUACAGUAUUCUGGUUGUGGCUUUUUAUACAUUCCUCGGCCUUUUCC